AUGGUUCAUGCCGGUCCAAAUCCAACCCCUCAACAUCUCGACAAUCUUUCAGAAAUCGCAUUAAGACAUAAAAUUAACCGUCUUGAUGCAGGAAAAAAUUACGCUUUGGGUGAUCCAAAAUCGAAGAAGGAGCCCAUAUCUGAUUCUGAAAAUACACCAAGCCUGGUACCUCAGCUUAAAAAUGAUGAUUAUAACCCUUUCAAGGGACAGAUAGCAGAAAUAGAUUCAAUGUUAGUUGAAGCCUAUAUAAUUGGUCUUAAAUUAACAUUGGAUAGAUUGGCACGGGAGCUAGAGUUUGCGCUAAAAGAUGAUUAUUCUAAGCCAGCCAGUCCAGAACGCAUUGAGCUAAAGGGAAAUGAAGUAGAGGAUAAAUCUCGACUGGAAAAAUUUAUGAAAUUAGUACAUGGUGUGGUAUACCACUCAUGGGGAGGGCGAAAACCAAUCUAUAGCUCAAAAUUAACUCAUCUUAAAAUAUCACAUUACCCACUUUCAAAUAAAAAAAUCAAAGGCAUUGUACAUACUUUCCAAAAUAUAAUUCAUUUAGAUUUCGAAGGAAGUACGGACUGUAUUGGUAAAACUCUAAAGCUAAUAGCGAAAUCAUAUCCAAAUUUGGAGUAUCUUAAUAUAUCUGCUUUACGUUUAAGAUUUAAAUCAGAAAAUGAUAUAGGUUUAUCUGCAAUUGCAAAUUCAUGCCAUAGAUUAGAAUAUCUAAAUAUCUCUAAUCGCACAGAAUUUUCUGAAAUAUCAAUUUGUAAUGUUAUUCGCUCUUGCCCAAGGCUCCAGCAUCUUGACCUUAGCUUUUGUAAAAUUAGCAAUAUAACUAUUGAAGAAAUUGCCAGAUCAUGUCUUAAUUUAAAAUAUCUUAAUUUGAGGGGGUGUUAUAAAAUUAGUAAAGAAGCCGUAGAUCAGCUGGUUUCCUCGCUUAGUCCAAAUAUCAAUAUCGAGAAUUUUGUGGAUACUAUAACGCCUCCUGAUCUCAUUGGGGUGGUUAGAAAUCAUCUUACACAUAACAAUGUUGCUAGUAGACAGAUUUUAGCUCAGAGCCUUCAGAGCCUUUUAGACCUAAGUAUGCGAGAUAAUUUGCAGUGGUAUUCCGAUCCAGGGUUGGCUAGAUCAACAGUCCGGAGCAAUGAUACAGUAGUUAUAUUUGAAGAUCUAUGUGCUGAUCAUUAG